AUGGAGGAGGAAGACCGCCUGGCGGAGCAGAGCAAGCUGCCGGAGCUCAAACUAGGUAAACUCCCCUCACCGCGGUACCGACCCUCGUACUGGUUUUAUCUUUGGUUUGACGGAUGGUGUGUUACGUUGCAGACGCGAGGCAAGCUCAGGGAUUCAUCUCCUUCUUUAAGACCAUGCCUCAUGUAUGCACCUUCUGUCGUCUACCAUUUAAAUCUUAUUUGGUCAGUUUCGAUCACAUUGGACGCCCGGGGGGUGUGUUUUUUCUGCCGUGGGCGAUUAUGACGUUUUAAUUUUUCCUGUUCUUUCCUCGUGAUUGUUUCACCUUGCUGCCUGUAGGAUCCAAGGGCUGUGCGCUUCUUCGACCGCCGGGUGAGUGCGGCGGUUCCUGCCUUUUUCGACCCUUGUGCAUGCUUCUUCUCAGUAGGGAUCGCCUUUUUGGUCUCUGUUUCUUGUUUCCGUUGCUCUGAGGAUAGAGUGACGCCCUUAUGAAAAAAAAUCCGCGAUAAAGUUCGACUGUCAUUCUUACCAUACAUAAUUUAUUUGCUCUUUUCAGUUAUUUUCAUUUUGUGGGUAUUUCCAUACAAGAUUGACUUUGUUUCACUGUGAUUCCUUUGGUUUUAGGGAGCUUCCUUCUCAGUCUUUACAGUUCGGUUAUGAGACGUGUAGUUGAUUCAUCCCUAUGUAAGCGUUCCUCGCGGAUAGGGAUUAUAAAGUUUUUUUCUGGACAAAAGAUGUGCCUUCAAUGCGAAUUAAUCGGCAUUAAGAAUCGUGAAGCGGAUUAUGAAUUGGAGUAUUCGAUUGGCAUGUGCAUGUCACAUGAAUGUUGUUUACGUGCAGACAUGUUAUGGAUCCGACAAUGCAGUCCGUGGUGAAAAAUCGUGUCAAACAAUCAACUUUUCUUAUCACCCUAAACAUGAAUAACGUGUAAGAAGAGAGGUGGUUAAUUGAACCCCUGGAAUUGUGACAGUUCAGAGGAAAGCAUGAAAGAACCAAGUUUGGCAUUUAGCUACGAAACUUGCUUUCCACGAAAUAGUAGACCUGUAAAAGUAUUUCAGAGAAUACCAUCCAUUUGAUUGUAAGAGGCCUUUUUGUUUUUACGAGAAAGGGCUUUGCUGCUCCAGCCCUGAGUGGGUGUCGCCCCCCUUGAUACUGUUUACCACUGUGGUCGGUGGAAGAGGCCUGCCUCCUCGUGAGGCUAUCUGUCACCAAGGCCUGAAUGCCGCAAGUGGGCACCUCAAUGUGCCCCUGCCGCCCUGCCUGGCUCUUAGUUUAGUGCUCAUUCCUUGUUAUUUCUAUUCAACUUGUCACACUUGUGAAAUCCAUAAUUUGAUGAUCUCUCUCAGCUAUUUUUGUUAUUUCCUUUUGAUUGGCAUCAGUAUUGUCAUGUCGUUCCCAUGUUCUGUCCUUCAAGAUGAUGUCAUUACCAUUCAUGGCAUAAAUCGUUUUCUUUCGGAUUCUUAACAACUGAUUGAAAGUGUUAUGUUCUCUUUUUACCUUUUGAGCAACAUUAUGAGCUCUACACUGUAUCAUUGGAAUUACUUCAUGAACUUUAUCGUUUAUUUCCCUUAUUAGCACAUCGACCGUGGUUGUAAACAAUAUCUUGUUAAUUCUUAAUGGUGAGAUUUUGAGAAAAGUGAUAUCAAACGGUUUCCGUACCAAAGCUUUCAGCUUGGGACGAUUCAAUCCUUCAAAAGUCUGUGAGAAGUUCAUGAAUUUCAUUUCUUUAUUCAUCUUUCGAUUUGCGUGUCAUGGUUGUAAACAACGGCAUGUAAAUCCUUAAGUUAUGAGAUAUUAUGGUAAGUUUUAACGAUUUUUUUUUUAUUUUGACCUGGGAUAUCAGUUUGAGAUCUGUUCAGUUACCACCCCAUUCCAGUUUGAAAGAUGAACACAGGACUGGCUUCCGCGGAUGUCUUAAGGAACUAUGUGAGGACAAGAUCAGGCAGGUUCGUGAGGUUGUCUAGGGGACUAGGGAUCCGAUGUCCCUCUUAUGGGGAGGAAAGGAUUGAAGAUGCAGAAGAAAAACCAUACAGAAGAAAGGAAACUUAUUCACCGAAACUUUAAUUGUAAAUUGUUCAUUUUUUAUCAUGAGCAAAACAGCUCUUAUCCGCUGAUUUGGGGAGCUCCGUUCUUUUUUUGAUUUUUGGUGCGGUUCUUGAUACCCAAUCUAAUUCUGGGUUAUGGAUGCAUUUUUGCUUAAAAAAAAUUCCGUGACAUUUGUGAUCACUCAUUAGGUUUUUGUUGUGCAGACCUUUUUCGUUAACCAUUUACAAUGACACUGAUAUUGUCCAUUUUUAAGAAAACACUAUCAAUACAUGCAAACCAACUUGACUGGUAUCUUUUUCUGAGUAUUCGGUAACUGCUUAUGAUAAUUCAUUCUCAAUUUAAAAUAUCAAAAGGUUAAAAUUUGAUCUUCUCUGGAUUUUUCCACCUUUGAGGAAAUUAUGUAUCAAUUGCAAUAGUUAGGGUUUUUUUCUGGUGAAUAGUUUGGAUCUUUAGAGUGCUGCUUUCAUUUUACUUAUGCCUUUUUGCAUUGUUAUUCAUAUGGUUGAAUCAGGAUUACUAUACUGUCCACGGUGAUAAUGCGAUGUUCAUUGCCAAGGCAUAUUAUCAUACUUCUAGUGCAUUACGACAGCUUGGCAAUGAUUCGGAUGGCAUUUCAAGUGUUAGUGUAAGUAAGAACAUGUUUGAAACAAUUGCACGUGAUCUCCUCUUGGAGAGAAAUGAUCAUACGUUGGAGAUCUACGAAGGCAGCGGGUCAAAUUGGAGAUUGACUAAAGCUGGAACUCCAGGCAAGCUUGGAAACUUUGAAGAUAUUUUGUUUGCCAAUAAUGACAUGCAAGAUUCCCCUGUGGUAGUGGCUUUAUGCAUCAACUUUCAUGAAAAUCAGUACACUGUGGGAUUAAGUUACAUAGAUGUGUCUAAAUGGGUAAUUGGUAUAACAGAAUUUUUUGAUGAUAGCCAGUUCACGAAUGUUGAGUCUGUUUUGGUGGCUCUUGGUUGCAAGGAGUGCCUUGUGCCCAUGGAGGGUGGUAAAUCUGCAGCGGCGAAGACCCUGCAUGAUGCAUUGACUAGGUGCAGUGUUCUCUUGACUGAAAGAAAGAAGUCUGAGUUCAAAUCACGGGAUUUGGUGCAGGACCUUGGGAGGAUAGUUAGAGGCUCUAUUGAACCAGUUAAGGAUUUGCUCUCUGAGUUCCACUGUGCACUGGGGGCUCUUGGGGCAUUGCUUUCAUAUGUCGACAUUCUUGGAGAUGAUGGUAAUUAUGGGAAUUAUACCUUACAAAAAUACAGUCUGGACAAAUAUAUGAGAUUGGACUCUACUGCUAUCAAGGCAUUGAAUGUUUUUGAGAGUAAGACAGAUGCAAACAAAAAUUUUAGCUUGUUUGGCCUCAUGAAUAGAACCUGCACAGCGGGCAUGGGUAAAAGGUUGUUAAAUAGAUGGCUCAAACAACCGUUGCUUGAUGUAGAUGCGAUAAAUUGCAGACUGGAUUUGGUUCAAGCAUUUGUUGAGGAUGCUGCACUGCGGCAGGGAUUGAGGCAACACCUAAAAAGAAUCUCAGACAUUGAGCGGUUGACUAAUAAUUUGAAGAAGAAGUCUGCUAAUUUGCAGCCUAUCAUAAAGCUUUAUCAGGUAAUUCUGGAUAUAUUUUAUCAUCUCUUUUGGUAUUGUUAUUUUCCAUGGAUAUGUUUUAGCUUAAAUAACACCAUUUUCUUUGUUUGUUAUGCUUUGCUGUAUGUAUUGGUUAACUAAUGCUACUUUUUUAUUCAGUCAAGCAUAAGACUUCCACAUAUCAAAGAAGUCUUGCUGCAAUAUGAAGGGCGUUUUUCAUUAUUAAUCAAAGAGAGGUAUUUGGAUCCCUUGGAAUUUUGGAUGGAUGAGGAUCACUUGAGUAAGUUUAUUGCCCUUGUUGAAGCUUCUGUUGAUCUAGACCAACUUGAGAAUGGAGAGUUCAUGAUAUCAUCUGGUUAUGACCAAAAUUUAUCAGUCCUAAAAGAAGAGCUUGAUAAAGUUGAAAAGCAAAUACAAAAUUUGCACAGGCAGACUGCAGAUAAUCUUGAUCUAACCGUUGACAAAGCGCUGAAAUUGGAAAAAGGUACACAAUUUGGACAUGUUUUCAGAAUUACGAAGAAAGAGGAGCAAAAAGUUCGAAGAAAGCUCAAUGACAACUUUACAAUCCUGGAAACUCGGAAAGAUGGAGUGAAAUUUACAAACUCAAAACUUAAGAAGUUGGGAGAUCAUUAUCAGCGGGUACUUGAUGACUACUCAAAAUGUCAGAAGGAGCUUGUUGUUCGUGUUGUUGAAACAUCAGCCACUUUUUCCGAGGUUUCAUAACCUUUGUGUUCCCUUGACAUAUUUUUUCUUUCAAGUUAUGGAUUUUUGGGGGUCUUUAUCAGCUGUAUUGAUACAGGUAUUUGAAACUUUUGGUGGCAUCCUUUCUGAAUUGGAUGUCCUUCUAAGUUUUGCUGAUCUGGCCGUUAGUUGUCCAACGCCUUAUGCCAGGCCUGCUAUCACAUCCUCGGUAAAGUUGGCAAAAUAUUCAUAGUCGUCGUUUCAACUUGUAUCUUUUCUGAUAUUUUCAAACUUUACUCUCCUGGUAACAUUAUGGUUUACCAGGAUGAAGGGGACAUUAUUCUUGAAGGGAGCAGGCACCCGUGUGUGGAGGCUCAAGAUGGUGUAAAUUUCAUACCUAAUGAUUGUAUCCUUGUGAGUAUUCUAGCGGAAGUGGUUAGCGGUUCAGAUCAAGCAGUCUAAAUGGAUUAACUUGUUAUAUGUUGUAUAGGAAGUGCUGAUUAACUUGUUGUGUGGUUUUUUUCCCCAUUAAUUAGGCCCGCGGAAAGAGUUGGUUCCAGAUAAUAACCGGACCUAAUAUGGGUGGGAAAUCUACAUUUAUUCGGCAGGUUUGUCUAGUUUAUGAAUUCUAUUUAGAUGUAGUUAAUUCCUGAUUGUUGAUGUAUAGGAUUGGGAUUAGAUUAAAGCAUGUCCACAGAAAGAAAUCUUAACUGGAAGGUUAUAUAUGAAUGGGAGAGCAAUCAAUGGUAUUCUCUUGAUUAUUUUCGUGUUAAGAAAUUUGACUGUUGUUUUGUCUUAAUUGUAACUUUGUCCAUAGUUUCCAUUUUAGUCAGCAAUAAAUUAUUAUUCUGCUGUCGUUUAUUGUAUUAUUUUGUCCCCAUUGUAUCGUGUUUCUAUUCUCUCCAUAUGUUGUAGCAUGAGUGAACCUCAACUGAUUAUCGGGUUAUUUCUUUUAUCUGUGGAUUGUUUUUUAUGAUCUCAGUUAUUUUCUCUGGAAACACACCCCCAGGCUCAAGACAUGUUUUUGCUUCACAUUUGCAACAUUUUUUCAUCAAUGCACAAGUUUGCCUUCAUCCUUGGAUAACUUGCUAAAAUACAGUCAUUCUUAUUUCAUUAAUGUUUGACUGAGUUCUCUCCAAUGGGAGAACCAUAAAGAGUAUGUUGCUAUUUCUUGAAUUUCUGCCUCGGAGUCGCAAUUAUUAACCAAUCAAGGCAUCUUGUAGUACCUUGGUGUACCCUAAGGAUUAUACCAGUGCACUGCAAAAUGAUCUCUAAGUUUAAAUAAACUCUAAAAAAUAUGGGAAUAUUAUGGUAUUAAUACACAAAUGAAAGGCGCUAUAAUCAGAUUACAAAGUUUACCAAUCACAUAGAAUCACAUUAUUGGCAAUUUUUUGAAGCCUCUUGUAAAUGGAAGGCAAUGGAAGCCAUCAGAAUCAUCUGUGGUCUACUGCCUGGCGUUUUUGGCUGCAAAUAAUAAUGGCAUAAGUGCUGCGAUUGAUUUUUUGGCGCACAGUAUUAUAUGCUUCAAUAGUUUAAGGUUACUGAAUUGGUUAUCAUGUUAAGACUAGAAAAGUGAUUCUACUUCUCCAAUUCGAAAUCAAGUCAAUUUAAAUUUAUGUAAAGUAGUACCGGAGUAUGAUUUUUUUUUCCUUUUUUGAUUUCCGAUUUAUUCAUUCAAAUGUCUGUUGUUAUCAGGUUGGCGUAAAUGUUCUUAUGGCACAGGUUGGUUCUUUUAUUCCAUGUGAUAAAGCAAGCAUUAGCAUCCGUGACUGUAUUUUUGCUCGUGUGGGAGCUGGUGACUGCCAGGUUUUUGUUUUACUAUAUGAAGAAUACGAAUAAAGCAAUGAUUUUUUGUAGAUCCUUUGAUUAUCCUAUGACCCUAUUAUAUCUAGAAAACAUAUGUUGUGCUGAAAACACGUUAUAUUUCUUGCAUAUGGUAAGGUAUUUACCUUUUACUUAUUUUUUGUUUGUAACAAUGUUGAAUUUUCCAUUUUGAGCGUAACUCUUUAGCUCUAUUUGUGUUUGAAGGCAUCCGAAUUAGCUUUUUUCAAUUCUGAUUUCAGAAGUGGUGAUUACAUACUGAUUUUUGUCUAUGUGGGAUUAAAUACUUAUAGCUUUUAACCUUAAAAUUCACUCCGUUGUAGAGAUGUCCCUUUCCUUUGUAAUUUUUUGAUGCAGCUAUCAGCUAUUCAGUCACUAUAAAUUGGAGUGGUUUCCCUUUAACAUUGCUCAUGCAUCAAAGUUCAAAUCAGGAGAGCUUUAUUCUGUCAUCAUACUUCACGUUUUGUUUCUCUUUAAAGGCGUAUCCUGGAAUUCCUUUCCUAGUUACGUACUUUUAACUGCUAAGUACUUAUUGAGUUAAUAUAUAGCUAUUGUACUAAAUUUAACCGCUAAUGAGUUAAAUUCCUUUGUCUUCAAUAGUUUUUCAUUCAUUCAAUACUCAAUUUUAAAUUUGUACGAAAGAAUUCUAUUUGGUUCAUGUCAUACUGUCUUGGUAAUUGUAGAUCGAAUCGAUUAUCCAUUGCUUCAACCCAGCUCUGUUUUAUUCAGUGCUGGUUGUGACCCUCAUUUUUAGAGGGGAAAGCUUAUGUGCUUAUUUUGGAUUGCUUACCAUGUUGAUACCCCUCCAGGAUUCAGUUUCUACUGUUAGUGGGGUAUAGAUCUCCUUUGGAAAAAAAGUAGCUUAUCCCUGAACCUCCCAUUCCAUAAAGGUCUGAUUUGCAAAUUAUGGAUAAAAUUUAAACAGCAAUCGUGAAUCUUUUUUUUCUCCUUGACCUCGUGUCAAGAGAACAUCUUGAUUACAUCCGUGUAGAUAUGGAAUAGGAAAGGGGCAAGACCACCAGAAAGUUUUAGGUGUUUCUUAAAGUGGCAUUGGUCAAUAUGUAUUAUUUCCUGUGGUUUUGUUGUAGAAGUCGUUCUGAGGUAACAUUUUGAUCGAAAUAUCUAUCAAGAUAAAUCAUGAUGAAUAGAUUGGCAUAAUAUGUUUUGGGGCUCAGUCCAAAGAUUCAAGGUCAUGCUUUGACUUCGCUGUGUAAUAUACAGGGAAGCAUGAAAAUAGCUCCCUCGUCCACUUCCAUAGACGCACUGUAUAGCUGAUUUUCUGAAUCCAUCAGUAGAAACUGUGGUUCUAGAACGUCAUAUUCAUUCUUACCGGUUUACUAUGCUCCCCGAAUGAACACGUAGCUAGGCACCACAAUCUUUGCUGAUAAAAGUGAAAUGGGCAAUGAGUUGACAAGCUUCGUAUGAGGUUUAAUGUCUGAGGUCUCUACUCCAAAAAAUCUAUGGUCACUGUCAUUUUCUUUGUUGUUGACGUUCCUUUGACAAAUUUUACGCGCAGAAGUAUUUUAGAAUGCCUGGAAAAUCAACAUCAUAAUUUAUACAAAAUAUGUUUCAAUUGCAUAUACUUUGAACGCUGUCAAUGACUUAUUAUUUCGUUUUUUUCUUCAUAGGAAAAUAACUUUGUGAAGCUUUUUCUUCAUUUUCUUGGCUCUUUAUUUGCAGCUCCGUGGGGUUUCUACAUUCAUGCAAGAAAUGCUUGAAACUGCAUCUAUCUUAAAAGGCGCCUCACAAAACUCUCUCAUAAUUAUUGAUGAGUUGGGUCGUGGCACAUCUACCUAUGAUGGAUUUGGUCUGUUCUCUAUUUGAUUUUUCCUUUGGUCAUUAAUAAAUGUGCAAACAAUUUGGUUGGAUGUCACGUAGACAUUAUUUUUUUUUCUUUUUUCCUCUUCAAAUGUUUCACCUUAUUCUAUUAUUAAUUUCUAAAAUUUGAGGGAGAAAUGGCUUUAGUUUGCAGUUUUUAUUUAACUGAAUUCAGUGUCUUUUAUACUACACUUAAUUAUCGUUCUGCAUUUGUUGAGUUGGAUUCUACUGCAGCUGGCAUUGAUUCGAGCUCUUAUUAUUCAUGUUGAUUUGCUUCAUUCAUUCCUCAGGAUUAGCUUGGGCUAUCUGUGAGCACAUAGUGGGGUUGAUCAAAGCUCCAACGCUAUUUGCAACCCAUUUUCACGAACUCACUGCGUUGGCUCAUGGAGAUAUUAAUUUCCAUCCUGAAUGUAGACCAAUCCACGGAGUAGCGAACUAUCAUGUAGGAGCACACAUUGACCCAUCGAGUCGCAAAUUGACCAUGCUUUAUAAGGUUUGUCCUUUUGUUUCAACUUGUCAACCGGCUUCCUUUUAUUUUCUUGUAUAUCUUUUUUCCCAAUUCAAACUAUAAAGUGUCAAUUAAUGUACGUAACUAACUGUACAACUUAUGGGUGAUAAUGCUUUCUCUAGUCUGCUUUCCUUAUGCUUCCGAACUAGGGUGAUCUUUUUCUUUUCUAGCUGAGUUUCUUUGCGAAAAAAGGUGUAUAUUGAGGAAACGGAAUGAGGUCCAAAUUCAGUAAAACAAUAAGCAAGUGGCAAGUUAAAAGAAGGAAAGGGGUUGAAGGUUAUGCAUUAUGGUUGAAAAAAACUAUUUGGGGGAGAUUCCUUCAGAUUUUAUUGCAGAUAGAGCUUGUCUAAGGUGCAAUUGGAGUAUAUAGGUGGUAUGCGGAUGAAAUUCAUGAUGAGAAAGUAUGUGAAACAAUAUAAAUCGUUUCUCACCAAGUAUAUAGGCGGUCUUUCAUUUUUUAUGAUUCUUGCUUGUAAGUGAUAUAAUCAAAAUCCAACAUGGUGAAGAGAAAAUCAAUUUCAAACAUGUUUCAGCUGUGUCCAUGAAAACGCUAAUUCUGAAUAUGGUGUUCAGAUCGCAGACAAGAGAAAUGACAUUCAUUGCUAAAGUAUAGGUAGUCCGAGAACAUCAAAAUGUCUAGACUACAAUGUCUAUGGUAUCGCAUCAUCACAUUGGAAUUGAGUGCUCUGUCACUGUUCAGACCUCGACUGGGUCCGAGCUUCCCAAACUCUAUGCUGUUGGGGAACUCCGCAUGGGUCUGAGUACUUGUGGUAUGAUAUUCCCCGCCAAGCACUUCAGUCAGUCUCGAGAUGAGAAGUUUAAUGUUAGACGUGGGUUGGUCUUCUUCCUUCCAUUGUGCGUGACACGACUUAAGGCUUGCGGCUCAACGUUGUAGCGGAUGCAUAAGGUAGAAGGGGCAUGCUACUGCAGCCUGUGGAAAGAGAGCUCUAUCCCAUGCCUUUCAUCUCCAUUUGUGGGUCGAUUAGAGUGGGGGAUUAGUGGAGAGAUUCCUCUCAUUUAUGUUUGCAACAUAAAUAAGGGGAGGGGAAAGAAUGGAACAGUUUCUUUGCUUUUGACGUACAUCCUUCCAAUUACUGUUUGAAAGGAACAUAAAGAACGGAAAUCAAAGGAAAUAACUUUCUGCUGCCUUGUUUCCCGCUGCUGUUGCACAUCAUGCCCUGACCCACCCACCCUGGUCUGUGAACGUGCUUUAAUCUGGCAAAAUGGCUUAACAAUGGGACAUAGAGACUUGCGGUAGUCUAUAAGGUUUAGAAUCCAUUCGCCGUUAAGACUUCUCGUCGUAAUAAUUCUAGUUUAACAAAAGGAGAAAGUUUUUGAAAUUAUGAACGGCAGAGGAAUUUUUGCACAGUUAUGAAAAUAUGUAUUUUGAAGAUCUUGUCGGCACAAAAGGGCUUUGGAAAAUCGCCUUGGUUUGAGUUAGGCCUCCCACUUGUGGCAUCCUGAUAUCCUUCCACUAGAAUACGAUGGAGAUCUUGUACACUGAUUGGUAAAAUGACUAUCUCGAGACAUGGGAAACUGUGCAAGUUUAUAGAGAAUUAUAUUCCUGAUAUAACUGAUAAUUUCUCGGUGAUCUAGGGUUUAUCUGCUGUGAAAAGUUUCUUGAUAGGCUACAUUUUUUUUACACAAUGGAAUACUAGUAUUUAUUUUUAACCAUCAGCUUUGUUUUAUAUUUCGUUUGUUGCUAUGUGAUUCAGGUUGAACCGGGAGCUUGUGAUCAAAGUUUUGGGAUUCACGUGGCAGAAUUUGCGAACUUUCCCCCCAGCGUUGUUGCCCUAGCUAGAGCAAAAGCUGAAGAACUGGAGGAUUUUUCUUCAACUAAGAAUAUUUCAGAUGUUGACAUGGAAGAGGUCGGUGAAAAUAAAAGAACCGUUGCAUUUUCAUUGUCCAUAUCUUGUCACUUUUAUUAGAUUUCAUUCGGUAUAAUCGUCUUGUGAAUGAUUUUCACAAUAAAAAGAAACUUUCAUCAAAUGAAAGCUAGGUAAAUGGCGUCCAUCAGGUCGUCAUCUAUUUAAGAACCAGUGAUGGACUGGUGAGAUCAUGUUAUCUAAUUAAGUCAAUGGGUUCUCCUACGAAAAACCUGGCAUCAUAUUAUUAUCGCAAGAGAUGUUCACGUUUCCAAUAUCUAGGUCAUGCGUAACUAAAACAAGGGUGCAUGUUUUUUGGAUGCCUCUCAAUCAAACCACAGUGGAGACGUUUUUGCCUUUUUCUACGUUCUUGGGAAUAUCAAUGCCAAUCCCCAGGUUUAUUUUGCCACUCUUCUCUUCUUUCUGGACUGGGUCCUGUUAAUGAUUUUAUACGGUUUGACCGCAAGCACAAAGUCUCCUUGCAUGCUUAACCAACAUCAUGUGAGCUUGUGAAGGACCAAUGUUGCGUGAUGACCUUCAUUGAAGCUUUCCCACCUUGCUAAUUAGCGUAUCUACACUUCUACACAGUCUCCCACAAGGUUUCCAUUACAAGCGUAAAGAGACUGAAUAUUCCGUUUUUUUGAUGUCCCAUUGAACUAGCAUAUGUUGAUCUUUGAAUUCAAUAUUCCCAUCUUUCCGAGGACAAAUCAAGUACCUUAUUGAGCCUUGUCUCCAUCUCGUCAUAUAUAGAAGCAUAACCCUAUUUUCUUCUUGCUCGCGAUCGUCUCCACAGCACUUUCUUAGAACCAGCGCCUUUGGGCACAGGUAACUGGAAAUCUCCAUUCUUAGUUAAUCUAAAUAGCUCAUCUGCUUGAAAGACAACCUGAGCUCCACACUGCCUCUGCUCUGAUGUGAAUCCAUGAACAUGGAUGAAGACUGGUUAUAAAUUGUUACUCAGUGUAUGCAAAACAGAGAGAUCUUUAGCAUCGUCUACUCUGGCUACUCCGGUCGCUCUGUAUGAAAGGACUUAACCGUCUUCCGUAGUUGCCCCUCGCCUCUCUCCUUGGAUCAGAGCAUUGGGCUCCAUUUCAUCCUUUCUGUUCAUCUCUUCUAACUGAUUGUGAGGCUCCCAUUACUGCUAAAAAGAGUCUCACCGUACUUUGGUCGCCAUGGAUACAAGUUGCUGUUUAUUUGCCUGGAUGGAUGGAUGGAUGGAUCGAUGAUCUCCUCUGGGACGGUCUUUUUUGCCAGGUGGGCUCCAGGCGCAAGAGGCGUUGGGGCGAGGACGACAUGGCCAAAGGUGCAAAAAAAGCUCAUCGAUUCCUGAAAGAAUUCACGAGCUUGCCGCUCGACCGGAUGGACCCCGUUCAGGCCUCGCAGGAGAUCAGCAAGCUGAGAUCCCAGCUGGAGAGAGACGCCAUCGAGAAUCCAUGGCUCCAGCAGUUCUUCAGCAGAUCCUGA